GUGUGUGUGUGUUCCGGUCCAGACACACGGGAGCCUCACGGUGUUUUUCAGCACUCCCCCAGCAGGGAACAUGUGCUGCCGGGGAGCGACCACGCCUCCACCCGCCUGCCUCACAUGUUGCCGCACACAUUCACUGUCUCCAACGCUGCGUUCAGGGCCUACGGGAAUAGUACGGGACAACAAUGGCAGCCUCGGAAUCAGAAUAACUUUUAUUGAACAGGACAGGAUGUAAAGUGGGUACUGGAGGAAGGUACUGCCUCCCUGACUGUGGAGAUGCUUCGUCCUGCUGCUAUAAUUGAGCUGUCCUCUCUCAUCCUGUGGGUAAAACACUGACAGAGCUCUGGAAUGCCAAAGGAACAGGGGCACUUUGGGGAGCGGGCCACCCGUGGCACCUCAAAGACUGCUAAGGAUAAGAGCAACAGUGCCACCCUGCGGGCGUCCCAGGGUGGCUCCUACAGGGAGCAAUCUGGAAUGGGUGACAUGAGCAACUGCAUGCUGCACUGUGACUCAGAGAAGGACUCUGAAAAAGACUCUGGGUACUCAGAGGCUGGCUCUGACUCUGUGCACACCGAUUUAGACGACCAGCGCAGCAGUGUGAGCGAACCUCACAGGGAAAGCAGCAAAAUCCCCAGCAACAACAACAGUGCAAACGCUGCAGGCCACAACAUGCCUCCCUAUGAGGAGCUCACCCCCAUUUAUGUCAUCAAAAACCUGGUGGUCAAGCCGUCUAGACCGGAGCAGCUUCUGCAUGGCUCCCUGGCAUGGGGUGGAAGUUGGCACAGCCUUACCAAUCCCAAAGCGCCCACUCAGCUCUUGCUGAUCCAACAGCCAACAAUGCCUGCCCCUUCCUCCUCCACCCUGACUCCUUCAUCCAGUCUAGCAGCACCACAGGGUCAAGUUAAGAAAGGAGGCAGCCGCAGCAAUCAAAGCCACAGCAGCAAGAACCACAGCAGCAACAACUUAUACCUGCCUAUCCUAAAUUCUUACCCUCGCAUCGCCCCCCACCCCAGGAAGGAGAGCCAUGAGGGCAAGAGUACCAAAUGGGUGGAGGGGGUUAUGGAGAGUGGCAGUGAAGGCCAGAGCCAGAGCAAGAGAGUGUGCAUUGAAGAGGAGAAAAGAGAGGACGUGUCUACCACCAGCCACCUCCUGAAGCCCGAGCAGCAGCAUCAGAAGGAGGGGAGAGUCCAUUCCCACUUGCAGUAUAAAGUUAGAGGUCACAGCUCUUCCUCCACCAUCCAACACAAGUCCCACCACUGCCAACAAAACUCGGGUUCUGACAGUGUCGGCUCACCCUCCGUCUCCAGUACCCAGACACCCUCACCACCUUCUUCUUCCGACUCCCCCUCAUUCUCCUCUCCUCCUUCUUCAUCUCCCUCUUCCUCCAUGACUCACAGCCCAUAUUGCCUGGCUCCAGACAGCUCAUCCACACGCCACCGCCGUUUCUUCAACACAGCCGAGAUCCUCAACCAGUCUGGUCUGCUGGCCAUCACGCUACGCACCAAGGAGCUGUUGAAGCAGAAUGCUGCCACUGAGAGAGAAAUUGCCCAGCUCCGUCAGCACACCCAUCUCCUGUGCCAGGUAGCCCAGGCCAGCCAGAGUGGAUACAAUGAAGGCUCAGAGAACAUCAACAAACUCCUCCAGACCAUGACCGAGUCAGGCUCCUACCCCAGCUUAGACUUAAAUCAACUGAAAGUGCUAAGUGGCAGCCACCAACAGAGUAAGACGGGAAGUGAAGAAGACAAAGGGAAAAAUAACAACAUAAGAACCACUAAGACACACAGCAACCCGCCACAGGUGGUGUCUUUACACAACACAGAUGAUGGUACAUCACCACCCUCUCCGCUGUUUGCCCCAUCGCCAGAUACAGAAGAAAGAGAGCAUGCUGACGGUCCUCUGGACGGCCCCAUGUCACCCUUCAUCUCUGUUUCCUUUUCCAGGUCUGUCCCUGAACAGGGACACCAACAAGCAGUCAUAGACAGGAACUUAAGUGAUCUCACUAUGUUGCCAGAGAGCUCAAUGCACAAUAACUAUCUCCUCUAGCUACUUGGUGAAGAGGACUUGGACCGACAGGGUAACACGUGAACUUAGCAAUACAGGAGAGCAUGGGUUUUGUUUGAAUUGAGCAAAACUGAAUGUGACUAGUUAAAAGGGAGGAUAUUUGUUGGGUUGAUUUACAGACAUGAUUUAAAGUUGGACAUGAUAUAUUUUCCUACUUUUUAAGUCACGGAUUUGCUCAUUUCAGUGGUCCAUUUUUCAUCUAUAUUUUUCUGUGGAGAGGCCUGUCAUUCACAGUGAUGGAUAUCCAAUAUGUGACAAGAAGCAGACACACAACUGAAACAUGUUUACAGAUAAACAGAAAACAUGAGUCAGGUACUGUUGUCAUCACCACUCAGGUCUGUUGUAAAGAUUGGCAGCAUUUAUAGACUGAUUACAGCUUUUCCUUUGUUGUGUUGCUUCUUAGAGUUUGACAGAAGCAAAGAUCACUUUACAUAUGGGCCGACAAGCUUUCAGUAGUAAUUUGCAGUUGCUUUGGCCCAGUUUCCAACGAGAUCUCCAAAUAAGAUUUCAGUGUGCAAUACUCUAAUUUUUUUUAUUUUUUUUUUAAGAUAUUGUUUUGCCCUUUUUUAUUUGAUAUGGAUUUCUAAAUGCAAAGUAGUUGCGUACAUCAAGGACACACCUUACCUGAAACAGUGCUCUCCCCCGAUUCUCCUCCAUAGUGAAACAAACUGGAAAUAUACUGAAUCACUUUGUGACAUGGAGAGAGCUUUUAAAAAUAUUGAAAAUGGAUGUCCUGACCAACAUUAUAUUGUACACCGCCAUGUCACUCUCUAAUUGUUUCCACCCAGUUUUAGUAACGAAAGCUGCAAGUCUCUAUUGUGAGUCUAAUAUUCUUAAUCCAAAGAGCCAGUCUUACUUUCUUAAUUUGUCCCUUAAAGGACCAGUGUGUAGGAUUUAGUGGUACCUAACAGUGAAGCUGCAGAUUGCAACCAUUUGAAUAAUGCUCAGCCUUCCAAGUGCAUAGGAGAAACUACAGUUGCAGGGAAACAUUUAAGGCCCUAUCUAGAGCCAGUGUUUUGGUUUGUCUGUUCUGGAAUUCUUGUGGUUCAAAAUAGCGGACUCGGCCAUAAGAGGACCCACUCCCUCAGUAGACAUAAACAGCUAAUUCUGAGGUAACAAAAACAUAACGAUUUUUAGGUGAUACACUAAGGAAAACAUACCUAUGAAUAUUAUAUUAAAUUUCUGCCAACCGAUCUUCCUAAAUUUCACACACUGGACCUUUAAAACAUAAAAUGCUAUCCAUACAUACUAAUGCAAAACACUAUAUCACAUAUUCCAUCCUCAUCCCCAACACAGACACUUCAUAUCAACACAAGUUCCAAUACUCAAACAUGUGUUUGUAAGCAUUUCUCCAUAUUUUAACGGUGCUAGUCUGGUGAACAGCGUUUCAAACACAUGCUAAUUACUUCACCACUAUUGCCAGCAAGGAUGAAAUUUUGAUUUCAGAGGUGGGGGACGCACAAUUAUUUUUAAUAAAACUCUAACUCUUU